GAUACAGUACCAUCCCUUAAAAUGAACAGUAAGAAAAAAUUAAAGAAAUAUAUUAAAAUUAAAAAAUGUAUCAAAAAGUAUAGCCAACUCUCAAUGAAAAACAAAAACAUUAUGAACAGAUUAGCAAACAGUAUCAAACAAAACCAAAUAUUGCAUAAUAACUUGUUAGAUUGUAACUUUGUCCUAGAACAGACAAAAUGUGAUUAUGAGGCCGAUGUAUCCAGCCUUCAGUUAGAAAUUUCCUAUUUACAUGAUACUUUAGACAGUUUGACAAAAAAGUAUGAAUCUUCACAAAAGGAAAUUCAGGCACAUAUAUUGGCAAUGGAUGAUUUGCUUGAAGUAACUCGAUACAAUGAGGAGCGUGUUCAUUCUUUAUUGAGACUUAACAUUUCCUCACUUCAGGUGGAUCAUUCAGUUUCUAAUAUAUCAUAUAUAUGUUCCACUGAGAAGGCACAUACUGAAAGCCAAUCAAAUAUUAGGUUAUUUAGUGAUGAGUUAGGACAGAACUUAGGUACUUAUUUAAGUAGAAUAUGCAAAGGACAGGCAGUUUCUAAUAUUUGUAUGCCCGGAGCCACUUAUAAGGAUAUAGUACGAAGGGCACUAACUGAAAAAUAUUGCCCUAACACAACACUUAUUAUUCUAGUUGGGAGAAGAGGGAAAUUAAACAAAUACCAAAUGACAGUAUUUUUAGAAUCCUUGUUUAAAAUUGAAAAUAUAAAAAAAUUGGUAUUGUUUACUUUUCCUUAUAUAAAAAUGUGCCCACGAACUAAUAUGGAAGAAAAUGUAUGUAGAUAUAAGUUAAACAGCCUACUAUUUAAUGCUGUUAAUAACAAUUGUAUAGUUAUUAAUGACCCACAACCACAAAAAUGUCAGGUUGUGGAUAUAAAUAACUUAAGUUUUAAAUUAAGUAACAUGUACUUGGAUAAGUAUUUAUUAUCCAAUUUCUGUAAGCGACAUGUAGCUGGUAUGCUAUUUAAUAUUUUUACUUUUUCACAAGCCAAGAAUUUGGCUUCUACGACUACUGCUUUUAUUGAGAAAAACUUAAACUCCUCACCUGCAGCUGCCGAAAAACUACUCAAAGAUAAUGUAAAGGAAUUACCCGGGUAA